UAAUUCCCACCCCCACCCCCACCCCCACCGCCACCGUCCUCCUUCAUUUCUCCGCAGAUAAAAUGGCUGAUUCUAAAAUCAGGAAUGUUAUAAACAGGAUCUUCACGGCGUUGUUAACUUGCGCUUUUGCUUUAGGAGGGGCGGGGAUAGGGAUAAUAACGGGGGCGAUCAAAGGGCAAACGACGGAAACGGGAUUAGUUCGUGGAGCCGGUGUGGGUGCAGUGACUGGUGCAAUCACGGCGUUGCAAUUAAUGGAAAUGAUGGCAAAUGGCGAAUCAUUCUCUAAGGUGGCACUGUUACAUAGCCUUCUAAACGGGAAAGUGUUCAUGGAAUGGGUCAGUCCUGCUGUGCUCAAGGCUUAUCAAUGGCAAGCUAGUGCCAUGGAGAUGAGUUUUAGUGACAUGUUCGACAUGGAUAGCAAUGGAAUAAGAGGAUUAUCCGAAGAUAUUAUAGACAGCUUACCAAAACGAAUAUUUGGAAAUUCUACUCAGAACGAUAAUGAAUGCAACGAGACAAGCUGUACAAUUUGCUUGCAAGAUUUCAAGAAUGGAGAGGAAGGACGAGAACUACUGAAUUGUAGACAUGUAUUUCAUUUAAAGUGCAUAGAUGAAUGGCUUAUUAGACAAGGUUCUUGCCCUAUUUGUAGAAAGGAUGUUUAGCGUUUUAGGGUAUUAAAGACGUACGGGACUUGUUUGUUGUAUUCUGUAAGUUACGGUUCAAAGCACAACUCUUGCACUUGUAGUCUA